AUGGAAACUAUUUUAAUAGACUCCAAGAAGCUAAUAGCGAAAAUAACUGGCGAAAGUAUCACUAUCAUAUCUGUAUCGGCCGCACCACAGAGAACAAGUAUACAGCUUCCCAUGCGAUGUGGACGAGAAGCACUUCUCGUCAGUAAAGAUGACCUGGCCUCAAAAGUCCAAAUCCUUAUCAGCAUGACGUUUCUGCAAAUCAAGCCUUCCCGCCUUAUGUCGCUCCAUCAGAGCUCCUUCGUUCGAUGGUAUUCUGUGAUGAAUCCUAGCAGUGUGAAGUCUGCGUCGUACUGUCAUCGAGACACUUCUAAUCCAAGCAUAAACAACUUACGCAAGUCGUUCAAGUUCCCACUCUCCUCCCACCUUCUACUGUACCGUGGUGGGGACACACCAAUAUCACGUGGAAUGGCUCGCAUCGAGAAGCUAUUGUCGCAUAAAGUGACAAUUCGUCCUCGCAGCGCCAGAUUUGUGUUCCCGGAACCCGUAGCGGGCCUCGCCCACCCGUCAAGGCCUGCCCACCCAUCCCGGGACGCCUGGCGGGCCUCGCCCACCUGUCCCGGGACGCCUAGUGGGCCUCGCCCGCCUGUCCCGAUCCCCACGCCUGGCAGCCUGGUGGGCCUCGCCCGCCCUGUCCCAGACGCCUGGCGGGGCCUCGCCCGCCCACCCCCCGUCCCGGGAACGCCUGGCGGGGCCUCGCCCGCCCUCCCGGGACGCUGGCGGGCCUCGACGCGUGCGGGCCUUGCCCACCCGUCAAGGCCUGCCCACCCAUCCCGGGACGCCUGGCGGGUGCCUCUGCCUGCCCGUCCCUGGGAGGCCUGGCGGGCCUCUGCCCGCCCAUCCCCGGGAGGCUUUGGCGGGCCUCUGCCCCCCCGUCCCCGGGAGGCCUGGUGGGCCUCUGCCCGCCCGUCCCCGGGAGGCCUGGCGGGCCUCUGCCCGCCCGUCCCAGGACGCCUGGCAGGCCUCUGCCCGCCCGUCGGCGGGACGUCUGACCCGCCCCCCCCCGUCCCCGGGACGCCUGGCGGGCCUCUGCCCGCCCCCCGUCCCCGGGACGCCUGGCGGGCCACUGCCCGCCCGUCCCCGGGAGUGCCUGGCGGGCCACUGCCCGCCCGUCCCCGCCCCGGGACGCCUGGCGGGGCUCUGCCCGCCCGUCCCCGGGACGCCUGGCGGGGCUCUGCCCGCCCGUUCCCGGGACGCCUGGCGGGCCUCUGCCCGCCCGUCCCCGACGAUGACGAAUGGGCGGGCCACUGCCCGCCCACCGUCCCCGGUACGCCUGGCGGGCCACCGCCCGCCGUCCCGGUCCCCGGACGCCUGGCGGGGCUCUGCCCGCCCGUCCCCGGGACGCCUGGCGGGGCUCUGCCCGCCCGGACGCCUGGCGGGCCUCUGCCCCCGCCGGUCCCCGGGACGCCUGGCGGGCCGCUGCGCCCGUCCCCCGGGAAGCCUGGCGGGCCUCUGCCCGCCCGUCCCCAGGACGCCUGGCGGGCCUCUGCCCGCCCGUCCCCGGGGACGCCUGGCGGGCCUCUGCCCGCCGGUCCCCGGGACUCCUGGCGGGCCCUCUGCCCGCCAGUCCCCGGGACGCCUGGCGGGCGGAGGCCCGCUGGCCCCCGGGACGCCUGGCGGGUGCGCCGGCUCCCAGGACGCCUGGCGGGCGCAGGCGCCGUCCGGUCCCCGGGACGCCUGGCGGGCGCAGGCCCGCCGGUCCCCGGGACGCCUGGUGGGGGCAGGCCCGCCGGCCCCCGACGUGGCCUGGCGGUGGAGGCCCGCCGGUCCCCACGGGACGCCAGGCGGGCGGAGGCCCGCCGGCCCCCGGGACGCCUGGUGGCGGGCGGAAGCCCGCCGGACCCCGGGACGCAUGGCGGGCGGAGGCCCGCCCGUCCCCGGGACGCCUGGCGGCGGAGGCCCCCGCCCUCCCCGUCCCCGGGACGCCUGGCGGGCGGAGGCCCGCCCGUCCCCGGGACGCCUGGCGGGAACGUUCUAACCAAAACCAAGCAAGGAGGAGGAGGAGGAGACGAAAAGAUUAGGGGAGGAGGAGGAGCCGACGAAAGAUUAGGCGGAGCGGGAGGAGGAGGAGGAGAUAGGAAAGGAUUAGGAGGAGGAGGAGGAGAGACGAAGGAUUAG